CUGCGUCCGUGAGACGCUGCUUCCGGUGGCGGCGUUCUCUCGUCUCCUAGCAACCGCCAUGGACCCAGAGGCUGAAGGCAGAGAGUACCUGGACAGGCACAAGAUCCCAGACCUCCUGCACACCUUGACCGCCCUCCUCCUCUUCCAUCGCCCAGACAGACCGAGGGAGUUUCUGAUCAAAACGCUGGAGAAAGUGAAGCUGGCAAAAAUGUCCAAUUCGGAGUAUCCCAACCUUAUGGAUGAAUCUAACCUGGAUGCGAUGUUUCAGAUGCUGGAUGCUGCAGGCCAAGGCUGCAUAAGCGUACCACAGUACAGAGGAGCACUUGAAGCUUUGGGACUGAGUAGUAAAGAUGACCCUUUUGAUGAAAUCGACUUAAUUACACCAGAAGUCUUCAAGGAAAAUGUGAUGAAAAAAUUCGCUGAAAUGUGGGCAGCAUUUUAGCCUCAAGUGUGCCGGUUCUGAACUGAUUCUGAUUUCAUCUUCUGAAAAAUGCUAUUUGUACGUAAAUGCUGUACCUAGUUAUACUAAUUAUAUUACCAUUUACAAAAUAUAGAAUUUCAUCUUUCAUAAAAGUUUAAAUAUUCUGAAGUAAUCAUCUUUUAUCAAAUAAAUGCUAAUCACAUUAUAGUCAAAAAUCAAAACAGUUUUUAGUCCCUUUUAUUUCAGUGGAACAAACUUAAAUGCUUUGUUUAUUUAGUCCUGUCCAUCAUCAGGGUUUAGACAUAUGUACAUUCUGUUAUUCAUCUUUCAUUCCAGGAAAGGGUAGGUUAGAACUACCAACUGUCUUUUAAAAAUGGGGAAAAAAUUUCCUUUCCACAUUAUAUUGUAGGUUUCCAAAUCAACACAUUUUUAAUUCCUGCAAAAUCAAUAUUUUCAGUUGUAUUGGCAAUACGUAAGCCUUGUGACCAAAAUCGAUUAGUCCACUAGGUGGAAUGGUCUAGGUGUGACAUCAUUCAUACAUUUCACAUAUUAAUUAUUAUGCCAGAGCAAAUCUGUAACAGUUGAACAAUGUGACACCGGUCUAGAUGACAGUCUUGAUAAGAGACUCCUGUGGACAUCUCUCAGAUAUGUAACUGACCAGAGUUGUUCCCAAGGAAGGUGAAAAAUUAAUCUGAGCAGUACAAAAACCAACAAGGAGGGCAAAAGAAACCUCUAGCUCACAGUAAAAAUUCAGUCCCCAAACUUUCAAAGCAGUCCCCACUUGCUCCUAUCAUGGGUGGUCCCUAUCAUAUAGGGCAUCUGCUGAAAAGAAUUUCACUUGAUUACUUCAGGGAUUCAAUUGAAAACAUGCU